GCUAAACUAGAUUCCAACUGCCGUAUUCUCACUCCCUCUCCAUUUUCCAUUUCGUCACCUCCUCCCUCGUUCUCUCUCCAUACACAGCAGCAGCUUGAACUCAAUGGCUUCGCGCCGACCGAGCAAUGGCAGGUCACCCCUGGUCAAUCAACAGCGCCAAAUCACAGCUUUUUUUGCCAAGACAACAUCGUCCACCCCUUCGCCCUCCUCUCUCACCCCCAGGUCUCGUCCCAAACUUAAGAGUUCAAGCCCUAAACCUAGCCCUAGCACUAUCUCCACUCCAUAUCCGAGCACACUCACGACCUCUCCACUCGGUUGCUCUGAUUCUACUAAGACUUUGUACCAGCAAGAGGUACUUAAUAGGAGGAUUAGGGUUUAUUGGCCUUUGGAUAACUGUUGGUACGAAGGAUCUGUAAAAUCUUUUGAUAAGACUUUGGGCAAGCAUUUGAUUCAUUAUGACGACGCUGAGGAGGAGAUGCUGGACCUUUCUCAGGAAAGGAUUGAGUUGAUUGAGACUCCAGUGGCUAAAAAGUUUCGCCGGUUGAGACGGCCUAGAGUGGUAGAAGACGAUGAGGAAGAGAAGCCGGAUGUUAUUUGGAAUGACGAUGAUGACUCGGAAGAUGAAGAGUGGGGAACCAGUGCCGGCAAAGGAGCACAGAAGGAUGAAGGUUGCACAGGUGAUAUGGAUUUUGAAGCAAAAGAGGAAGAUAGUGGGUUAAGAAUAGGACUUCCCGGGCUGAACAAGAAGGCAGAAUCAGGGAAAAGGAAAUGUAGUGCAGAGCAUAAGGUACAGUCUACCUUGGUGAAGAAGAUUAAACGUGGUGGAAAUAAUAAAAGCACAAAAACAGAGGCACCCACCAUUAUCAAUCGGGAUUGUUUGAAGGAAUCAAACAAUGAACAGGUAUUAUCUGGCAAUGCAGUGGAAAGAUUUAGCAUGCGUGAAACAGAGAAGUUCCCCUUCCUUGGAAAGAAUAGGAGAGAUGCAAAUCGAAGGCGCGCUGGAGAUGUCAAUUAUGAUUCCAAGACUCUUUACCUCCCCCCUAGCUUUUUAAAAGAUCUAACCGGAGGCCAGAGGCAAUGGUGGGAAUUGAAGUCAAAACACAUGGACAAGGUUCUUUUCUUCAAGAUGGGGAAGUUUUAUGAGCUUUUUGAAAUGGAUGCACAUAUUGGAGCCAAAGAGUUAGAUUUGCAGUACAUGAAGGGAGAUCAACCUCAUUGUGGUUUUCCAGAGAAAAACUUCUCAAUGCAUGCAGAGAAAUUGGCUCAGAAGGGUUAUAGGGUCCUUGUCGUUGAGCAAACAGAGACGCCUGAACAGCUUGAGCUUCGUCGUAGGGAAAGUGGCUCUAAAGACAAGGUUGUCAAACGUGAGAUAUGCGCAGUUAUCACGAAAGGAACAUUAACUGAAGGUGAAAUGCUCGCUGCAAGCCCUGAUGCAUCAUAUCUUAUUGCAGUGACUGAAAAUUACCAAACAUCUGUAAACCAAGUUGAUGGCCGGACUUAUGGGGUCUGUCUUGUUGAUGUUGCUACAAACAAAGUUAUUCUAGGACAGUUUACAGAUGAUUCGGAUUGCAGUUCUCUCUGCAGUCUAUUAUUGGAGUUCAGACCAGUGGAGAUAAUAAAACCUUCCAAGUUGCUUAGCCCUGAAACUGAGAGAUUACUUAUUAGACAUACAAGAAACCCACUAGUAAAUGAGUUGGUUCCCCUCUCUGAAUUUUGGGAUGCUGAAAAGACCAUGCAUGAAGUUAAGGUUAUGUAUCAACGUCUUCAUACUACAUCAUCUCAAUAUUGUCAAGAUGAAUCAGCUAUUUAUCACAUGAACUCCACCGAUAAGGAUUCUCAAUCGGUGAAUAUACCGAGUGUGCUGUCUGAGCUUGCUAAUGCUGGAGAAAAAGGGAUUCACGCUCUUUCAGCUUUUGGAGGAACUCUAUUUUAUUUAAAGCAAGCUUUUCUGGAUGAGAGCCUACUCAAGUAUGCAGAGUUUCAAUUACUCCCGUAUUCUGGUUUUGGUGAGAUUGCUCAAAAAAGAUAUAUGGUUCUUGAUGCUGUUGCUCUUGAAAACCUGGAAAUCUUCGAGAAUAGCAAAAACUCUGGUUCUAAAGGGACCUUGUAUGCUCAGAUGAAUCAUUGUGUAACAGCAUUUGGGAAAAGGCUACUGAGAACAUGGCUUGCAAGACCUUUAUAUCACGUGGAGGCAAUUAAGGAACGGCAGGAUGCAGUAGCAGCGCUAAAGGGUAUUAAUCUACCAGCUGUACUUGAGUUUAGAAAAGAGAUAUCAAAACUUCCUGACAUGGAAAGGUUGCUUUCCCGAACAUUUGCUAGCAGUGAAGGUAAUGGCAGAAAUGCAAAUAAAGUGGUAUUAUAUGAGGAUGCUGCAAUGAAACAGCUACAACAGUUCAUCUCAGCUUUAAAAGGAUGUGAACUAAUGGUGUGUGCAUGCACUUCACUUGGCUUGGCUUUGGAAAACGCCGAUUCAAAGUUAUUACAUGAUCUCCUAACACCUGGCAAAGGACUUCCAGAUGUUAAAUUUACUCUAAAGCAGUUAAAAGAUGCUUUUGAUUGGGCGGAAGCAAAUUGUUCAGGUCGUAUCAUUCCUCGCGAAGGGGUUGAUGAGGAGUAUGAUGCCACUUGUGAAUCCCUUAGGAGGGUUGAACUUAAUCUUGUGAAGCAUUUGAAGGAACAACGAAAGUUGUUUGGAGAUGCAUCGAUAAAUUAUGUCACAAUUGGGAAGGAUGCUUACCUCUUGGAAGUGCCAGAAAGUUUGUGCGAUCGUGUUCCUCCGGAAUAUGAAGUGCAAUCAUCCAAAAAGGGUUAUUUCCGGUACCGCAAUCCAGUUAUUAAGAAGCUUUUGGUAGAUCUUUCUGAGGCUGAAGCUGAGAGAGAGUUGACGUUGAAAAGCAUUUUACGAAGGCUUAUUGGGCGUUUCUGUGAGCAUCAUAGUAAAUGGAGAGAACUAGUUUCUACUAUUGCAGAACUGGAUGCUUUGGUCAGUUUAUCCAUUGCUAGUGAUUAUUAUGAAGGGCCAACAUGCCGCCCACAUUUAAGGGAAUUAUCCUCUCACAAUGAUGUGCCAUGCCUUGUUGCUAAAAGCUUAGGGCAUCCGAUCAUUGUAAGUGAUUCUCUAGAUAAAGGAGCAUUUGUCUCCAAUGAUGUUACACUUGGUAGUGCUGAACAUUCGAGCUUCAUCCUGCUAACUGGGCCUAAUAUGGGAGGAAAGUCUACGCUUCUGCGCCAAGUCUGCUUGGCGGUGAUUUUGGCACAGGUUGGAGCCUAUGUACCAGCGGAAUCCUUUGAUCUGUCCCCUGUUGACAAAGUCUUCGUUCGUAUGGGUGCUAAAGAUCAUAUUAUGGCUGGUCAAAGUACAUUCUUGACGGAGCUCUUAGAAACUUCAUCAAUGCUGGUGGAAAUUUCAGCACAGAAGUGAAUACUUCAGGAAAUUCUGCUACCAGAUCAUCCCAUUGUUCUCCUUUGCUAUGAAUCUGCUCUUGAUCACCCACUUUCCCUUCAUAACUGAGAAGAUACCCAUCCCCCACUUGAUAAUAGACUCGCCCAAAGAACUUAUUCCCCUUGUGUAGAUUAGCCGGGUCCCUAUCACGAACAGUUCAGAUGCUUCUUGGACCACGACAAGAACUGGACGUGGCCAAAAGCAGGGUAAUGGGGACAAAACCAUUCCCUAGCUUAAAGGUUGCCUUUGCAGAUGUGCUUCGCGAGGAGGAUCGUAGAAGCCUUAUGCUUGCGGAAAAUAAACCAGCUAUUGAAGGUUCUGCCCUCAAGACAGAGACGCUAGCUACUGCUCUCGUCACACAUGCAAAUCUGAACAAGGGCAAUGCGAUUAAGGCAGAAUGUUGGGAGAUAAUUGGAGGCCCCCCCGGCUGGAAAUCAAGAAUGGGUCAGCAUAAGCCUCGUGCGAAUGCGACUACCAGUAGGGAAGCAGAGGAGGAACCACAAUUCUCAAAAGCACAUCUUGAUGCUUUACAUAAGAUGUUUUCUCAAGUUCUCAAGGCUGAAAAAGGGGAACCCAACGGAUUCGUCUGCAGUUUGUUCGAGCAAUCAGUCGUCUGCAACCCGAAAUUCACUUGUUGCACUAGAUGAACUUGGCCGUGGAACAUCAACAUCCGAUGGACAAGCACUAGCUGCUGCAGUUCUUGAACAUUUUGUUCACAAGGUACAAUGCCGAGGGUUGUUUUCUACUCAUUAUCACCGAUUAGCCAUUGAUUAUCUGCAAAAUCCCAAGGUCUCUCUCUGUCACAUGGCAUGUCAAGUUGGCAAAGGAGUAGGAGGUUUGGAGGAAGUUACUUUUCUUUAUAAGUUGACACUGGGCACAUGCCCUAAGAGUUAUGGUGGAAAUGUUGCACGGUUGGCUGGGGUUCCUGAUAUUGUACUACAAAAGGCUGAUCGAAAGUCUCAAGAGUUUGAGCGAGUAUAUGACAAGAGGUCAAGAUCCAAAGGAAUUUCCAGUAAGAAUUGGGAUGAAAAAGUGAUAAAAGUAAUAUGGAGCUUGGUACACCUUGCUGAUUACGAUGAAUGCCGUGGCAGUGAGGUUGUUGAUUUAUUGAUCGAUUUACAACGUAGAGCAAAGAUGCUCUUGGGCUAAGUUAAGCAUAAUUGGAGCGGCUUUUGUAAAUUGUAAUGUUCUCUGACUCGAGCAUUUGUAUAUACGCUUCACUGUAUUUUUUUGAGUCAUUGCUGCAAGACCGAUGUAUUUAGUUGCUCAGCAAUUACUCUGGAUGAGGCGCAAAGUACCGCACAACAUCUGCUUUUUGAUAAAUCAUGUGGCAGUUUUAGGGGUGGUUCGGUACUGUAUACCGAAUAUUUACUCUCAUACUUUUGUUCUACUAAAAUUUUUGGUAUACAAAAAUAUAUAUACCGUUACCCUAUCGAAGUUUCAGUAUACCACAUUUCGGUAUACCGAACUUUUGAUUCGGUAACAGUACGUUAUCAAUAAA